AAUUGCCAGUGCCACAAUGUUAUGAUGGAAGGAUGCUGAAAUGACAGGCCUAGUAGACGCUUGUCUUAAUCAUCGGCUUCUUAAUUUAGUUUUAGAGCUCUAUGUGUGCAUGUGUGUAUAUCCACUCCAUGCACAUAUGCGCGUCCUCGAUGACGUUAGGGGUGCGCGCAUGAGCCUGCUGAGAGCAGCCUCUGACAACCUGCAGCUCCCUAAUGAGUGACGAGGCAGGGCUGCUGAGGAAAAGCAACACUUCCCUGGUGUGAAGACCUCUUACUGGGAAGUUUAGUUCACUACUGUUCUCGCAAACCUAAUCGUAUAACCUGUAACCAAAACCCACAGAACAAGGAUACAACACGCUAAAGAGUAACUUCUAAUCACUAAAUGUUAGCACCAUUACCUGCUGUUAGGAAGAGAUUAUAGACAAGUUGGCUCUAGGGAGGGCAGACUUCAUUUGUUACAGAAUCACUGAAAUACCUGGAUGUCUCCACAUGGGAGCUACUGACUCCCACGUGUCAAGAGGUCACAAACCGUCCUGUGCAUUUGUAAGAAGAGAACUUUAGUUAGAGUUUGUCCCUGCUCCCAAGGGAAAGGUGGAAGUAGUUAAAUAUGGCAAUAUGGCCCACCCUUGUUACUAGAAAGAAAAGGAGGUCCAAAGCAAAAAAGAGAAAAAGUCCCAAGAAAGACAAUGUAACAUCAUCCAUCCACCCUCAAAGAUGGAAUAAAAUAAGCUGCCCCCUUCUCAAAUGAAGUGUGCUGUGUAGGCUUGGAGAUUAAUUUAAAAAUUGAGAAGGAAUAAUCUACAUUUCUCCAGCAACUCUUCUGCUGGAAUAGCUCACUCUACAGUUCUUGUCUUUUCUUUUUCUUUUUCUUUUUUUUUUUUUUUGAGUGGGUAGGUAGUGGAUGAGAGUUGAGGCCUACAAGUGCACCCCUAUGUAAACUAACAGAUUACAUUUACUCUGGUAUGCUCUUAUAUUCAUUCCUUUUCUAAGACUACACAUUUGCAAAUUUAUAUGUGUGAGAUUAAAUUGAUUAGGAGAGAAGAUUAUACUGGUGGGGGGAUUUGUUUCCGGUCUGAGAGUACUGGCUGCCUGCCCUCUGUCUUCUGAAGGUAAUCACAUCGACUAGGAGGCUGAAAACAGGGCUUUAUGUGCUGAGGGAAGAGGCCCAUGGUGGACGUGGGCAGGACUUCAAAUCCAAUUUGCACCCAAAUUGGUUGGUAGGAUAUACAAAGCCUCAUCCAGAGACUUUCAACUUCACAAUACUUUGUCCAGGAACUCCUUCCCCCUCUGCUUCAGCUAGCAGCAGAUCUAAAAAGAGACCAUUGCUGAUACAAAUAUAAGCCUCUGAGUAAACAGUACAUGUUUUGUUGAACAAGUCUGAUAGACAUAUGUGUGUGCAUUCUGAUAUAUAUCCCAGUCUCAUCAUAAAGAACAAGUAAAAUUAUUUAAAGAGAUUCAAACUUGCUUUUUUGGGAAUUGCAAAUAACCUUUGCAUCAGGAAACUAGUUUUAAUAUUAUAUCAAACUAUAUGCUAUGUUUUUACUAUAAAUCAUCCUGCCUUCAGAGACUUGCAUUCAUGCAACCUUAAAAUAACACCGCACACCCUUAAUUUGCAUGCAAAAGCAAUUUUCAGGCCACUAUAAGCCUUGACAUAUAAAAUCAGAAUAUUGCAGCUCUCAAUGUACAAAACCCAGUUUUUGCUCCUUACAAGUAAACAGAAGAAAAAAAAAUUUACUUUGCCUACUAAUUUCUUCCACGGGGUAACAAAACAAUACACACUUAGCUUUAACCUAAGAAGCACCUCAAAACAUUAAAAAUUCAUCAGUCAGAGCUGGUGUUGUAUUCAAGGAACACUCCUCCAGUUCACUGCUGAGCUCAGAUUUGAAUAAAAUGUCCAAUGUUAACAAACAAUACCCACGUUUGGCACUUUGUGUAUUAAAUUGAUCAAACAGAUUUUAGGAGACACAAUGCACAAUUUGUACAGACCUGAUUGAGUUAAUAUAAUAUCAGCAAAUUUUACAUCGAAAUGAUUCUGUUUCUUUUCUUUGUGUUUAAAACCAGCACAGAUUACAAAUUUUAAUGAUCUGAAAAUGUUUGGUAUACAAAAUCAUGCUUAUUUCAGUAUUAGCAAAAACACAAGAAAUUUUUCAACACAAACACCCAGCUGUGUCUAUUUUAAAAGCAGUUCAAUGACAGCUUGCACUUAUGAGCAUGCAAUCAGCUAAUUUCGCUUUUUUUUUCUUCUGUGUUAAUCAACACUUUCCUUCCUGCAUAUCAGAGUACAAAUAGUAUAGUUACUCCACAUCAGUAAAUGUUUACGUAACCUGUCCUUUCCCAAGAAUCCGGUUACACCGAAUCAUUUCACGCUAGACCGACUACGAAAACGUACCGGGCCGUCCACCUCUGAGGGAGCCCCGGGAGCCAUUAUAAGCGGUGGAUGAUCGAUCGCUGCUACCGGCUUCCAGUACCGCCUAGAAGCUGAAGAGGAGGUGGAGUGGCGAGGAGACAACGCUACCGGGUCACCCGCGCGCCGCGAGCGCGACUCUGGGAGUGAAGAGAGACAGGGAGAGCGCACGUGUUACCUGCUUUAUUUCGGGACUGUUUGCUACAGUGCUCGCCCAGGGCAGCUCUUCGCCCGCCCGCGCGGAAGGCCGCCCCAGAAGGCACCCACCCGCUCAGCCGCCCCCGCUCGCCGCCCUCAGCUCAGCUUCGCAGCGGAGCUCGCCGGGGGCCGCAGGAAGCAGGGUGGUUGCAGCUUUUGCUACAUGCCUUGCCAGCGCCGGAGCCUGCGGUCCAACUGCGCUGCUGCCGGAGCGCUCAGUGCCGCCGCCGCUGCCGGCUCCCCCCGCGCCCCACUCCGAACCCGCUGGUCGCCCGCCGCUCUGCUGCUGCCCGGCUCCCGUGCCGCCGCCGCCGCCGCCGUCGCCGCCGCCGCCGCCCCCCGACGCCUGGGUGAUGCUGGACAUGGGAGAUAGGAAAGAGGUGAAAAUGAUUCCCAAGUCCUCGUUCAGCAUCAACAGCCUGGUCCCCGAGGCCGUCCAGAACGACAACCACCAUGCGAGCCACGGCCACCACAACAGCCACCACCCCCAGCAUCACCAUCAUCACCACCACCACCACCACCCGCCGCCGCCCGCGCCCCAGCCGCCGCCACCGCCGCCCCAACAGCAGCAGCAGCAGCCGCCGCCCCCGGCCCCGCAGCCCCCGCAGGCGCGCGGCGCCCCAGCAGCUGACGACGACAAGGGUCCACAGCCGCUCCUGCUGCCGCCGUCCGCCGCCCUGGAAGGGGCCAAGGCGGACGCCCUCGGAGCCAAAGGCGAGCCGGGCGGCGGGCCGGCAGAGCUGGCGCCCGUCGGGCCGGACGAGAAGGAGAAGGGCGCGGGCGCCGGGGGGGAGGAGAAGAAAGGGGCGGGCGAGGGCGGCAAGGACGGGGAGGGGGGCAAGGAGGGCGACAAGAAGAACGGCAAGUACGAGAAGCCGCCGUUCAGCUACAACGCGCUCAUCAUGAUGGCCAUCAGGCAGAGUCCCGAGAAGCGCCUGACGCUCAACGGCAUCUACGAGUUCAUCAUGAAGAACUUCCCCUACUACCGGGAGAACAAGCAGGGCUGGCAGAACUCCAUCCGCCACAACCUGUCCCUCAACAAGUGCUUCGUGAAGGUACCGCGCCACUACGACGACCCGGGCAAGGGCAACUACUGGAUGCUGGACCCGUCGAGCGACGACGUGUUCAUCGGCGGCACGACCGGCAAGCUGCGGCGCCGCUCCACCACGUCCCGGGCCAAGCUGGCCUUUAAGCGCGGGGCGCGUCUCACCUCCACCGGCCUCACCUUCAUGGACCGCGCCGGCUCCCUCUACUGGCCCAUGUCGCCCUUCCUGUCCCUGCACCACCCCCGCGCCAGCAGCACUUUGAGUUACAACGGGACCACGUCGGCCUACCCCAGCCACCCGAUGCCCUACAGCUCCGUGUUGACUCAAAACUCGCUGGGCAACAACCACUCCUUCUCCACCGCCAACGGGCUGAGUGUGGACCGGCUGGUCAACGGGGAGAUCCCGUACGCCACGCACCACCUCACGGCCGCCGCGCUCGCCGCCUCGGUGCCCUGCGGCCUGUCGGUGCCCUGCUCCGGGACCUACUCCCUCAACCCCUGCUCCGUCAACCUGCUCGCGGGCCAGACCAGUUACUUUUUCCCCCACGUCCCGCACCCGUCAAUGACUUCGCAGACCAGCACGUCCAUGAGCGCCCGGGCCGCCUCCUCCUCGACGUCGCCGCAGGCCCCCUCGACCCUGCCCUGUGAGUCUUUAAGACCCUCUUUGCCAAGUUUUACGACAGGACUAUCCGGGGGACUGUCUGAUUAUUUCACACAUCAAAAUCAGGGGUCUUCUUCCAACCCUUUAAUACAUUAACAUCCCGGGGACCAGACUGUAAGUGAACGUUUUACACACAUUUGCAUUGUAAAUGAUAAUUAAAAAAAAUAAGUCCAGGUAUUUUUUAUUAAGCCCUCCUCCCCCCCCCCAUUUCUGUACGUUUGUUCAGUCUUUAGGGUUGUUUACUAUUCUAACACGGUGUGGAGUGUCAGCGAGGUGCAAUGUGGGAGAAUACAUUGUAGAAUAUAAGGUUUGGACGUCAAAUUAUAGUAGAAUGUGUAUCUAAAUAGUGACUGCUUUGCCAUUUCAUUCAAACCUGACAAGUCUAUCUCAAAAGGCUGCCAGAUUUCCAUGUGUGCAGUAUUAUAAGUUAUCAUGGAGCUAUCUGGUGGACGCAGGCCUUGAGAACAACCUAAAUUAUGAAGAGAGUUUUAAAAUGUUAAACUGUAAUUUGUAUUUAAGAAUUUGUAGUAAAGGUGCCCAAGGAAUUAUAUUGGCCAUUUAUUGUUUUGUCCUUUUCUUUAAAGAACUGUUUUUUUCCUUUUGUUUACUUUUAGACCAAAGAUUGGAUUCUAGCAAAUGCACUUGGUAUACUAAGUAUUAAAACAAGUAAACAAACAAACGAAAAAGGAAGGUUGUUUAGUUGGCAACACUGCCCAUUCAAUUGAAUCCGAAGGAGACAAAAUUAAGGAUUGCCUUCAGUUUGUGUUGUGUAUAUUUCGAUGUAUGUGGUCACUAACAGGUCACUUUUAUUUUUUCUAAAUGUAGUGAAAUGUUAAUACCUAUUGUACUUAUAGGUAAACCUUGCAAAUAUGUAACCUGUGUUGUGCAAAUGCCGCAUCAAUUUGAGUGAUUGUUAAUGUUGUCUUAAAAUUUCUUGAUUGUGAUACUGUGGUCAUAUGCCCGUGUUUGUCACUUACAAAAAUGUUUACUAUGAACACACAGAAAUAAAAAAUAGGCUAAAUUCAUAUAAAUCUUGAUAUUUUUGUCUCUUUUAUUAAGUAGAGCUAAUUUGCAAAAUACCAUUCGAUUUUUAGGAAAUUCAAAGGCUUUUUUCAGCCAACCUGGAGUUUAAACUGCUCCUUUAAUUUGAUCUGAGAUUCUAAAACUAAGAAUAAUAGAUUUUUUUCCCCCUUUGUGAACAAUUUUUGCCAGGCACAGGCUACUUAAUAAAUACUAGUUUUAAAUGAAACCUAGGAUAUUCAGCUGAUAUCUUUGUUUUUGUAGAUAUGCAGCAAAAAUAGAUAUUCAAUUUUAUAUGCAUAGCUGUUUAUUCUGUGCUUAUUUUAAAGAUCAGUUGAUAGAAUGUCCUUUAUAUAUAUUGUUUCAGGUAUUUGUUUAUAGAACUUGACAAACUAUAAAUAAAUAUAUGUAUAUAGUUAGAUAUAAGUGAAUAAUGAGCAAUAUAGUAUGAUAUAUAAUAUAUAUUAUAUAUGUAUAUUAUAUAUAUAUAUAUCCCUUCAGUUCAGGUACAAUUUGUGCUAUGAAUGCUGCAAACAUUUUUUUUUAACUAUUUGUAUUUAUAAUUUCUAAGUCAGCAUUUAUUUUUCUGGCUUUUUACCCACAGUAAAAGAAUUCUAAUAAAGAUGUGCUGAGUUGGAUUAUAGAGUUACUGAAGUGAUCACCUGUUGUAAUGAUUUAUAGAUGGAUGUUGAUAUUUAUAUUUUUAAUUACAUAAACUUUAAAAUUCUAGUUAUUCAAAGUAAAAUAGCCCUAUCUCCCCCCUCCAUUUUUUACAACAUAGAGGUAUUAGUUUCAUUCUCUUUUUAAUAUAUUUGUAUAAUUUAAUUUACAGAUGUGUUUCUUUUGCUCACACAGAACAAAUAUUUUUGUUUUAAUUGCAAUAUGCAUAUAUAUGAGAUACAUUAGGUGUAUAUAUAUAUGCAUACAUAUGAAAAAUGAAAACUUUUUCAAAUUGUUUCAGAUAGCCCACUCACUAUAUAAUUCUAGAAAAUAAUUAGAAAACCUGAGUUAAAGGUUUAGUAAUUAAUUGCAUCCUGUGGUGAUUCUGUAGAAGACAAGUUGUUCAUUUGUUACAUUUGUAUAGUCUGAAAUGUGUUCUGCAGUAAUGCAAUAAGCUGGCCACUUUUUACAAUGGGUCCAGUGAAAAAUAAUCUGUCCCUAAGAUGUUAUCAGCAAACACUUAGAGAGUUGCUCAGGGAAAGAGGGGCAGGGAACCUAGUGGAGAAGCAGCUUGGCUAAAAUUGAUUUUAAAUUUAGAAUGGCUGAUGUUGGGAAAUGGGGAUGGCUGGGUUGUGAAUUGGAGAAAGGAAGAAGGGAGAAAGGGAGAAAGGGGGAGAAGGGGAGAUAGAUCUUAAGAAAUUUUUAAAAGCUGGAAUCAAAUUGAAAAGAGAGAGAGGCAAAAUAGACUAGUUUGAUUAUCUCCUUUAGGAAGACACAAUUUUAUUUUCUUAAUGUGAGAAUAGAUUUUGCUUAGAUAUAGUUUUUUUUUAAAAUCUAACAGUUUUUAAAAGUGAAACACACACACAGACACACACACACACACACACACACACACACACACACACCCCACAAAGUAAGAGGGGAGGCUUAGGCAAAGGAACUCUUCAAGGCAUAGCUGAGAGCCAAACAGGGAAAGGCCUCCAUUUAGAUUGGAGGAAAAUGAUGAUGGUUUACUGCUUGCUUCUGGGUUUUAGUUAUGGAAUGAGUAUGUACUACCAUAGAGGAAAUACAGUACUGACUAACAAAAGUUGAAAAGAAAGCUGAAUUCACAUACUAAAGCUAAAAUAUCAAGAUAUUGAAGAAACAUUUCUUUUGUGAGUAUUUUCCCCUGGCCCGCAUAAAUGAACAAUCUAUACUUACUUAUGAUUUUAUAAAAUGCUUAUUUCAAAGAUAGAGAAAUAUAAUUUCAACAGCAACAUUUUUGUACUUUCAAGUCCAUAAUGAAGUUGACUUUUUGUAUUUAUGGAAAUAGAUAUUGUAGUGCAAGUGUGCUUUAGCACAUGUCUAAUUUACGAAUGUAGAGGACGUGAUUGGAAGUUCGUUUAUUAGGCUUCCUAGACAUGACCAAGAAUAUAUACAUAGAGAGAAAGACAAUUUGGUAAAGGCUUUCUAAAGCCCAGUCUGUAAACAUUUUUCAUUUCAUUAAUCUUGAUCUGGCUUACCCUCCCUCAGGAUAUCCUUUUUUAAAAAUGGCAAUCUGGUAUGGCAUUGAUACAUUUAAUUUUGCUUCAGACUUGUUACAGUGUUUUACUGUGUAUUCUCACCAACUUUUUGCUGAUUCCAGUUAGUUCAUUCCAGACAAACACUUCUAAAACUCUUUGGAGAUUAUUUUCAUUUAAACACACAUUGCUUAAAAUGAAGUAGAGACUGCCCUUUUUGAUCACGAUUUAAAAAUUAAAACUCCAAUUUGUAAUGUUACAGAUUUAGUAUUUCAACUUACAAAAUUGAAAGUUAAUGAAACUGUUAAUACAUAAACACAAAGAAAUGAUGUAAAAUGCAGCAGAAAGGGAAUUUCUUCCAAAUAAUUUUCUUCCUCUAAUUGCAGAACUGGAAAUCAAGUUAAUCUAAAACUGUUCAGUGCAAGUGUCCUGAUAGUCAAGGUAGUCUUCCAGUGUCUUCUAUGACUGUAAUCACAGCAAAGGCAGGGAGGGAAAAAAAAAAUCCCUCUUGAAGUGUAUUUAUUAUAAUAUGUAUUGAAGUUGGUACAUAUUUCCACCCCAAAUAGGUGGACACAGAAAAUAUAUUAGAAGUCUAUAUAAAAAUUUGAUUUUUACAACAUGUGUUUUCUACUUUCUCAUUGAGGACUUUGCAUGCAUCGAAAUAAUUUUAAUUUUGGUAAGUUAAUUUUGUGAAUAGCUAAUGUAGUUGGUUGUUUUUAAGGCUGAAAGCCUGUUGGAGAAUUAGAUUAACAAAGGGUGAAGGUGAAGAUCAUUACAGGCUUCAGUACUGGCUGAGAUGGGUUGCUGAGGUUGUGUAAGUGUGUCUAGAGGGCGGGGUUCCUGUACAUUCCUACUUCAGCAGGUAACCUGUCCCCAGCACCACUCCAGCUUCUACCAGACAGAUGGAAAUCUCCAAAGGAAAAUCUGCACAACCCUUCUAAGAAGCAGGGUAGGUAAACAUUGAAUUUUAAAUUUCCCCCUCAUUAUGUUUCUACUCAAGGCCAGACCCUGGGGUUACAAAAAGAAUAGUGGUCAUCUAAAUUCUCUUUCUCAACAAUAUGGCUGAAUUCUUCCUACAGUAAGAGUUAAAUGCUAUUAGCGAUCUUCCAGAUAGCUGGAAAAUCCAUUUUCGAUUUUCUUUUGCUUCCAAAUUUCCCUCUUUUCUCACACCCCAAUUGCCCUGCCUUAGCAUUCCUCCCGGGACUCCUCCCCUAAGCACCAAUAGUUAAAACUAAGCUAUCUUCGUUUCCAGCUCCUAAAUUGGCCCUUUUCCCCACUCAGUUCUUGAAGACCUUGUCCAGGGAAUGUAGGCCCAGGGGCUCCGGGCUGCGAAUAUAUGACGUAGUGUUAUGUUUUGUCUUCCUCCCUCCGGAUUCGGUGCCCCCACCCCACCCCCCAAUCCAAGGUUCUGCUCGCUGUUGUCGGAGGGCUGCUGCGGACUUGAGAACUGUGAACACUCUCACCAGGAGAUCGAGCUUUACUCCUCCUUGGUACAAGGAAGGCUGGCAUGACCAUCUACUUCACAUCCGCCAGUGUGCUGACACCAAGCAGGAAUUUCAAAGUAGAGAGCAGACUCCAUGUAUUUACAUGUCCCUGGAGAAAAUUGCUCCAUCGUUCUUCAGAAAGAAAAAAAAAAAGAGUAGAUUCUCUUCAGAAUCCUCUAGUCUCAGGAUGACUAGAUAGAACUUUAUGUUUAUUUAGAUCUCUUCCAUGCCUAAAUUCUUGGUCAUAUUCCUAUCCUAGUUCCAUAAAUAAAAGUAAAAUGUUACUAAAUGAA